AUAAUAGCGGUGUACAUAUAUGAUAAUUUUCGACACUUCACAAACCUGGUGUUGCAAUCUCGCAAGUUCUUCUCAUGUUCUGAGGAUCAGGAAAAUUCUGCCAAUGCAAUCAAGAACCUUAGAAAAUUGAGAGGAACCGAGUGGCUGGCAAGCUAGCGAUUGACGGUCGCUUGUGGACUUCCGUCUCUGCUGGUUCGAUUCCAGCUCAUGCCACGGCGCGACUUAAUACAUAUCAGAAUCUACUGUAUUAGAGCGGUUUAAUAACUCUCCGCCUCACCAAACGAGAAGAAAAUAACACUAAAAGUCUGCGCUGAGUGGUUAAUUGAACACAGAAGAGCCCGACAAUGGCAAACUUGGCCGGACAGGCAGCGGAUUUUGAGGUAAACAAUGCAUAAAUCUUUUGCCGUUCAUUUCUCAACGCUGAAUUGUAUUUCGAUUACUGCGUGAAGAAGGUACACAAUGUGUUCAAAUGCCUUAAAACGCGAAAUCUGUGGGGAGCUACUUUGCCAACAGCCACUUUGCUGUCUCCACGAACAUUUGUCAAUGAAAUGCAAUAGAAUAGAAAAACCUUCAAUAACUAACCAGAGUAGGCAUCCUGUUGAGGAAUAUUAACCGUAUAGGACUUGCUUGUCAGUGUGGAUUAUAACAGCCCGUAUAACACCCGAGAUCAAAAUCUUCCCCUUUAAAUGGAUCCCUUAUCUCGAUUAUGUGCGGCUGAGCUCACCAAAAGAAAAAAAAUUGGUUUACGAGAGAUUAUAAGGCUCAUUCCACGGUUUGAAUAAAAUAUGAAGGAAAGUUAUUCACCUGUGGGCUGAAAUUGCAUCCCCGAUCCAUUGUUUAUCUGAGUUCAUUGCAAGAAAGGAGAAAAACUUUAUUCAUCUCUUCAGACAAGUCAUUUCCAAAUUCCAGAGACCCUGUUAGAAAUGUUUUAUUACGCUAAUGAGCAAGAUAUGACACGUCUUUGUUCUGUUAAUCUAUCUCCAGCUUCAUGAGAAAUUGAUGUUUUCAAAGCAAAUCAGUUUGUUCAAUUUAUUUAUACACUGCACAUGCGUAUGGACUAUUAUAAAUGUUUUAACUACGGUUUGCAAAAAAAUUGGGUACGAAUUUAUCGUUUGUGAAGAAAAAAACGUGACGGCACCCAGAGGGUACCCACACGCGUGAUCGUAUACCAAAGAUUAACAUUCGUGAACCAGGGGAUGCUACUAAUGAGACGAGAGAUCUAAUUCUAUUUAGGGCGUUUACUUUCUUUCAGCGUUACGAAAAACAUUUCGAAGAGAGAGAAAGUCAGAAUGGUGAAAAAGUGUAAAGAUUUCGCUACGAUACAAGCACAUUGCUUGUGGUGAGCCCGCGGUCUUUCGGGAAGCGGCACAAAUCGACCCACAUCGAGCGAUCUAGCGAACAAAGGACAUUGAACCCCUCUGGACAAAAAAAAUUUGCUUUAAAAACGUGACCUUUCUAUAAUCCUAUAAGUUGGUUGUUAGCCAAAUGAAGGACUGGCGGUCAGUUAGAGGCAAUAUAACGCUAACAGCACUCUUUUUUUUUCAGUUCAUCUCUAUCCAUGUUCGUAAUCCUCGAACUCAUUUGUUGCGCAGAUGGCCUGUUUAUACAGACUUCGAGAUCGUAGUUCUGGUGGGUGAAAGUGUUAUUUUUGGAAACUUACCGUAAAAUUCCGGUUCUUAGCUUUUGGUGGGCACAUAUCCGUGUGGGCGUGGGUGGGGAGCAGCCGAAUAAGUCGACCUUUAUGAAAGGAACUGAUCACGAAAUCUUCCUUAUUUUAGCAAGGAAUAAAUCAAGAUUCGAUCUCAACUCUACUUAAAAAUUUCAAGCAAGGUUUUCAAACCAACUUAGUAUACAAAGAGAUAGUGAAAACAUGAAAACAUCAUAUUGUUUUUCCUCGUUACCUGUUUAAAGUGUUUUGAAAAUAUUAUAAUGAUAGCAGAGGGGAAGGGCAUGAUCAAGAGAGAAGAGGAAAAGUUAGAGAGUUUGAUCAAGAACUCCCUUCCCCCACCCUUCCUGCGCCUCUUUAAUUUGCUUUGAAUGUUCGGGCGUGUUUUUCUGAAUCCUUGUGAUUAGGUUGGACCCGACAAUAGAGAAUAUACAUUAAAAAUAAUUGAUCUGUAGUAACUUACCUACUCAUUCACAGACCAACAGUAUGAUCUUUGCUAAGCAAAAUACUCAAGUUAGAAGACGUUUCUCGGAGUUUAUUUGGUUAUGGAAACAUUUAUCAAGACAUACCUCACUGACACUGUAAGUUAGAAACCUUUACAACCAUGCAUUUAAAAGUCAUUGAUUGUUUUCAUUAUUAUCAUUAAGUAGCACUCAUGCCUCCUUGAGAUACUCAAAGUUUUGUAUGAACACUCAAAUGGAGCAACAAAUAGAACUCGCUGGCGUUGUGCGUUAAGUCGCUCCUACUGGUUUUAGAAUUGUUGGCCGAAAUAUUAACAAGUUCCUGUAGGAAAUAAGAAUUUAGCGUCCAAACCGCGGAGAUUGCAUCAGCUUGAUAGCGACUUGUCUGGUUGCCAAGACACCUUCCCUCCUUUGUUUCAUGGAUCAAAAUAAAUUUGCAUACUGUAAACGGCCGUCCAUUUAAAUCAAUUUCAUUCAAGAAACAUUCAGCCUUCAAUGCUUGCUUCCUAUAAGGUACACGCUCUAUGAGCUGGACCAUUCGUUUAGCCUUAUUUUUAGAGGCGGUGGCUGAGAUGUACUUAACCACGUACCGUUUCAUACAUGAUUGAUUGAAGAUCGAUUUAUGCCUUGGUUACUUUCAGGAAACUACCUCCGUUGCCAACGAGGAGAAAAGUCUUUGGUCGAUUUAGCAAAGGAUUUUUAGAUGAACGUCGAAGUGGUCUACAGGAGGCUUUGGCCAGGUAAGAUCCAGUCCAUCUUUUGCCAUCACUAACCCGACCUGCCCUGUCCUGUUCCUCAUGUUAAUAAAUGCUCGAAACUGACCAACCCACGCGCUGUCCCGCGUCAGAAUAACACGGUGCGACUUUUGAAGUUUUUUCCCAAUGACAGGGCUGGAUAUUUUUCCAUUUGUAAUUUUCCAGCCUGGUUACUGAGAAAAAAAAAUCGACAUUUCGGAAAGGGUUUGCACGCCAUCCCAAACGAAAAAAAUUGAAUUUUUUUUUGUAGCUUUGUGAUCAACUCAGUUGAGUGAGAUCUCUGAAUCCGAGCUGGAUAUAAAUAGGUCCUUGGAUCCUGGUACUACGUUAUCUAGCCAUAUCCUUUAAUUAUUUUUUGUUCGUUUUGUUCCUCCUUUUUUUUGCGGAAAAUAUUCGAUCAUAUCCAAGAGAGCAGAUCAACUUGUUGAAUGAAAACACCUCUUUUAUCUAUUUGCUCACGUUAGAGUUAAUUACGGGACAAAAAUAUCAUUUCUAAUCAAGUUUAUUUUAGAUUUCGCCAUCUUUUCGCACCAACUAUUCUCUAUGGCAGCUUGAAUGAUGAAACAAGUCACUCAGUAGAAUCGCACGUGAACAACACGGCUUUAAUCCUGAGCCUUUUUGUGACAAGAAGGCAAUUGUAUAAAACAGUCCAAAGUACAACUCAGAACAAAAGCUUUUCCUUUGUUGCAUUCACUAACGGUAUUUUCUGCAUAUUUUGAUGAAAAAAAUGAAAAAUCAGUAUUUUAAAGCUUCUGGAAGGAAACCGCAUCCUAGAUCAACGUUUUUUGCCUUGGCGUAGUCACACCUUUAACCCUCUCUUACGUCAUUUUGAAAAUUAAAAGUAUACGUGUAAAUAGUGUAUAUCUGAGUAAAUAUGUUUCACAAGAGCAGAAACGUGAUGCGAAUUUCAUUAGUUUGAAGUUUGCAAAUUUACUUCCAGGUGGCCUUGUUACAUAUUAUGAUAUAUUUGCAGUUUGUAAAUUUGAUUUCUGUGCCAAACAUUAGCCUUGUUGAAGAGUAAUUUGAAAAUGUGAGAUGAAUUAGGUUACAUCGGUUUUUUUUGCAUUUGUUUUCCCACCAUGUUUGCUCGAAUUUGAACGCAUAAACCAGAUUGACCUGAAUUUUGGUUUUUGUUUUCCAGUCUAUCGCGAAUCACCCCAAUUCUCGCGGACUCCGUAUUUCAUCUGUUUAUCCAAAGUAACUUAACAAGAAAAGAGAUGGAGAACUUUAUCAGUGGAAGAGAUAAGAGAGAUCUUGUCGACAUCAUUGACCCCAUAGGGGAAUGUCAACGAUACAAAGACAGAAGAUGUACAUGUCAUUCAACAGUGGACAGCGGUUAUUCGGGUAGUGUUCAGCCAGAUGAAGCUGAAGAAAGUCGAGGAGUAUUUGAUGGUAAGUUCCCAUUAUUUACUAGGCUUAGAAAAUGGUUGCUAUGAAUAGAAAAAUACGUCAUUCCUGCUCUCAAAAAGAUCCUUUUGAUAAUUCCUCUCUGCUUAAUAAGUUUGCUUUGAUCCCAGUGUUGUUUGAGAGUAAUCCGCUUUCUCGUUGUUUUCGCAUAUAUUUAUGAAGUGUUAAUUCCUUCUAUGGUCUCUUUUGUUCUGAGGAGAGGGGGAGGGGGGGGACGUUACGGUUUCUUGCCAGCCGUUUGGGUUCCGUUAACCAAAAAGUUAUAAUAAGCAAAAACCUUCUGAAAGAUACUUAGAUUAUAUUGUAAAAUCAACCUCACUUUUUCUGUAUUCUUUCAGAUGUUUCCAGCUGGGUUGCCUCACAACAGCACUUCGCCUCCAGCGGCCUUAUGGGAAAUGGCUGGAGCUCGGGAUACACAUGUCAAACCACCUGCAAAUCACGUUCAAAUUCACAACUUCGGGGUUUCUGUCCCGUUUGCUUCGAGAAACAGUCAACCCCUUUGAACAGAAGACUUAGUCUGACCCAUAAUGUAGCAUCAGUAUUACCAGGUGGACAGCUUAUGAUUGCCCCCUCGGGUAUGAAUUGCCCCAGGAUUGAUGAAGCCAAUUGUGAGAGCACUGAUGGUAAAUCGGGCAGCCCCAAUCCUUAUGAAGGGGAUAACGAAACGGAGUUUGAUUUAUCAGACUAUGAAAUCGUUAAAGACGAACCUUUUAUUCGUGUAAGAGACUGGUUAAAUUCUCAAAAUGAUAAAUCAGCUGGUAGAUGUGACAGUAGUGAUGAGGAAGAUACUUUGGAUGCUUGCCAAAGGGAAGUGCGAUUGAAAGAGUACGACGUUUUAAGUAUUCCUUGUGCUCGUCAGAUUAAUAAGUGCAAAUCAACGGCUAGUAUGGUUUAUGACAGCAAAGAAUGUAGUGUCCAAGGAGAUGCCAUUUCGGAAGAAGAUGGAGACGAUGGUGACUCCGAAUAUAGUGUUCUUCAUUCUUCCAUAGGUGGACUUGAUUGGAAAGAUCGUGAUGAGUUUUCAUCUUCAUGUGACAGUUUACAGUCAGCAUCUGUGUUUUUAACUUACGAUGUAGUCGAAAUGAUAGAAUUGCGUUACACUAACGUUGUAUGAUUAUCGUGACUAAGUGAAUGUUGGAAUGUUGCGUGAAAUAUUACGCGUGCACAUGAAAGAAUAGGUUUGGCCUUUGGAUAGAGUGCAAAUACCUAUAUCCGAUUAUUAUUGGAGGAAGAAUUUGCGUGACAGCUCGUAAACCAAGUAUGCCAUUUGGACAAGGCAUUGAAAUGUUAUGAUGACUCAUUAAUGAGGUCACUUUUUAAUAUGAUAUCCAUUUGUAGAAAUAUUCUAUAAUCGAAUAGUGUACGAUAAAUCUAAGAUUUUAUGAAUACUCUGGUUCUAAUAAUCUUGUGUGUCAAUUUUCUUCUUUAGAACUAUCUAAAAUUCUACCUCAUUUGAUUAUAACAAAAUCGAUUUCGUCGUCUGACCCGAAAAGCAAAUUGGUUUUCAGAGUUAGGCAAGAUAUCUUAACGGUAUCUUAUCAAAUUAAACGCUUCCGGCCUGAGGACAUGUUAAGUGCGUGGGUGGCGGUUGGAAGAUGGGGAAAGGGCCUUCGAGUUACUCAUUUACACUCAGUCACGAAAACAAAACUUCGAGAGGAAAAAUUCAGAAACUAUUCGCCUUCUCUUGACUGGUACGUUUUUUUCACCUUCCCAAGAACGUAGGCUAUGCAAUACUACUUCCGGUGCGGAGUUAAGAUAAUUCCGGUUUAGAGCUACAAGUGUUCCGUUCAACCCUGAAAAACGUCAGUCAUAGUAUGAAGUGACUGACAGCACAUGUAAACAUGAAAAAGUGAAGUGCAUCUCUUGCCCAAAAUUGAAGACGUGCCAGACUUUUAUUUCUACUCGUGCCCCGGUAGUUACGUUAUGAAGCCAUGAACAUCUGUUAACCGAAAAAUUGGUCAAUCACAGCUUUUCUAACAACUAUUUAAACGAGGUAAGCUGACCUGUUUCUUGAGUUAGGCUGAAUAUUUUCUUACCCAAAGAGACGCGCAAACCAAUUUGCGAAUGUCCCCUGACCUCGUCUUCCGUUGUCGGCGUCACCGUUUUCCGUUCUGUCGUAGGCAAAUUUCAAGCUGUACAAACUGAUCCUCUUGACGUAACGGACCCUUAGUUUACGGAAAAUAGUGAAAGCUGUUGGCUAAGUGAGUACAGGUAACACCUAAUACCAUGUAAGCAGUAAAUGCGACAUUCCUUUGACUAACUAUUUCAAGACUUUCGUCUGUGCUUUAUCUCAGCCAUAUCUUUCGCGGCCUCGAGCAUCGCUUUUUGCUCUUGCUCUGCUCCUGCAUAACUUGCUGGAAACCACCAACUGCACCAGCUACAGAAUACUGCGGUAAAAAUUCAGCCUUCGUUUCAUGAGCAAAGCCUGGUCAAUGAUGUUGAUAGGGAACCGUUCAAAAACUAACAUACUAUAUCUCAGUAUUAGUAAGUUUUUGUUGUUGGAUUUCGAUGGGCCGUUCUGACCCAAAUACGGCUACAGAAGCGUAAAAUAUUUUUAAUUUUGGAAUUAGCCUGUGUAGUAGGCUCUCUAAGGAAGACGCGAUAAAGACGACCAAGAAAGAGUAGAAGCGCGUGCGGCGGUCUGUAAUCACUUGGGCCCGGUUUUAACGAUGGCAAGCAAAAUGUUUCUUACAAAUAAAGCUAUAACAAGUCCUCGUUCCUCGUGCUGAAAUUCCUCUUCAUCAGACAUUAGCUUUGAUGGACAUUCAAAGACGAAAACCUAGUAAUUUCACGGUUAGUAUUUGAUGCAAGGCCGCUUCGCUGAAUCAUAUCAAAUUAUUACGUAAUAACACCACAGUCACGCAAAGAAAAUUUUCUAAGCUCUUUCGACACGCGAUAGUUCUUUCAGAGAGAUUGUUUAUUUCAUACUUUUAUAGACUUAUUUCGCCUUGAUCGAAGUCUGUGAGAGGCUAAUGUGGAAACUCUAAAAUGUGACCUCAACAGUACUAAUGCAACCGGAUGCAAGGAAUAACGUAUGAUGUUGAACAAUGAACAGAAAACUCGAAUUCCGGCGUAUCUGUAAUCACCAACUCCUUGGUACUUUUGAUAGGGGUAUGCAGCUCGGUUCUCCAAUUCUUGACACUAUUUCAGACAGAAAACUGUCACUCUCCUCACUCGUUACCAAAAGUAGGCUCCAAGAUCCAUGACUGUUUUAACGCCUAGCCAUUGAAACAAGUUCUUAGUUUUGUAGCCAAAUGAAUCUUCAUAUCAGUAUCAAAGGUCAAUAAUGGUAAAAUUUUAACCUUGAACUCAGCUCGAAUAAUAUAUUUGGUUCCUUCUCUUUCUCUAUUGUCCAUGUGGAUUUGAAAAAACAAAUAUGUUUACAUGUUCUCCUGGUUACCUUGAAAAUCAUCCGUGUUUUAAGGCCAUUGUUCUGAAAAUGUAUUCCUGUGUUUAGACCCCCCAAAAAGCUCCAAAACCAAGCCUUUUGGAGAGGCAGAUACGUACUAGUUGGUAGCUUAUACAGGGAAAUACCUUCUCCGGAAAUCAAUCACGGAUAUUUCUUCGACACAAAGGUGUGUACAGGUGUUUGAACCAUGUAUCUGGGAAAAAUAAAAUCUUUAUGAUAGGAAUAAUGCUUCUGUUUUCAAUGUAGAUGUAACAUUAUUUGAAUCUCCUCGCGCUUUAAGGACGAGUCAAAGAGAGAAACCCCAAAAACUGCUUAAAAGGCAAGUUUAAGUCGCUUCAGAGGAGAAUCAUCGACCUCUAUAAGUUCAUUAUGGAAGAAACAAGCUAACAAUCUGACUUAUCUACAAUCACGCUGUUUCUCACGUGCAGUGCCCCAGGACCGUGGGACACGUGCUUCAUAUAGCAGUUCUUUUUACGAUCCCCUCCGAUACUUCUCCUUUCCUCCCCGCGUUUCUUUGCAUUCACAACUCCUGAAUGAGAAACAAAGGCUUCUAAAGAUUAUAACUUGUUCUUUCACCGUACGGUACCUCAUUUACCCACUGGUGCCAGUGAAUGCAAAUUCAUCAGUCUUGUCAAACGUUGAUGUGACCUCAAUGUGAACUCUCGAGCACCUACUACGUACAAACCGCGAAGCACCAAUUUUAUUACAUAACAUCGCGAAACGAUGGGAAGCUUAUUAAAUUUAGUCAUGAGUAUCCCAACCCACGUAUCGUAAGAUGAUGUUACAAAACAUCUAUCUUCGUCUCAAACGUUUUGGCGGUCUGUUCAACUGUACAGUACAAUCUUAUAUAUUUUCGGUGAUGUAACUGAAUUCGUGAAGCCCUGGGGAGAGUGGGUUCGGAUGCAAAAUGGCUGGUAUGUACGCAAUCGGUUUAGGGGCUUCUCUUGUUUGUAAUUUUCUUUGUUUUGACCGCUUAGCUUAGGAGGUUUGUUGAUGUUUUCAGGUAUCUUGGUCACACAUGCAUAGAAGACGAGGUUACAGGCUGUUUCAGCCGAAUUUUGAUUGGAUUAUGAUAAGAGAUCAAGUGGGAGAAACUGCGUACGGCAACGCGGUGUGUAAAAGCGAUUUCUAAUUGUGUUUUAAGUCUGACUGAACUUUGCGAGAUGUUUUCAUUUCAUUUAUUUUGCUAUGUUGUGUUUUCAGUAUUUGGAAAUCGAAGUGAAAAAUCCUCGAACCCAUAUUGAGAAAGAAAAGGCACUUUAUACUGACUACGAAAUUGAAUUGAAGGUAAGCCGGUGUUUCGUUAGUUUUGAGUCUCUUGAGGGGCGGCAAUUCAUUCCAAGGUCCACGGAAACCUUGAGACCUAGGACAACACAAAUUGUUAUCGUAUUCAGUAACUCUCAAGGUUUUAAAUGAGCAUUCCUGGUUUAUAAACUUCAACGGGUUUGUUCUGUGGGUCGAAGCUAAUAUCGAAAGUCAUGCAAAUUUCCUUUGUCAUCGCGUCGUUAAUUUGGGGCAUUCGAAAGGCGUGUGUUUAUCUUUGUUGAGGAAUGAGCAAAGAAAACAACUGAUGUUAUGAAUUCUAACCGGUAAGCAGUAAAAUCAGAGUAUCGUCCCUCAUGCCAAUCAUGUUAUGAAAUUAGGGUACUGCAAUAUGUUGCAGUAGAAUCAACCCUACAUUGAUGUACACUAAGAGUGGCAUAUUUAACAGAAUUUAUUCCACCAACCCAAUUUUGGAAAUUCAAAGUGACUUAUUCGAUAAUAAGAUGUCUUUAUCUGCAACCAGCCUUUGCUCUAAGAUAGGAAUAAGAAACCAAAUUUUUCUAAAGUGAGUAGAGAUAAUGAUUUACUUAUUGGAGGUGUGUCAGGGGGCAUGUCAGAGGUGUGACUAGCACAUGAUAAUCACAUGCCUCAACAUUUAAUCAUAGACAAGAAUUCCUCAAAUGAAUUUUAUCACGAUUGUUCUCUCUUACCUUUGUUAAUCUUUCUGUAGACAAAUCAUCCUGCAUUUCCAUUGUUCCAUUCUCAAGUGAGACGAAGAUAUUCAGAGUUUGUUUGGCUGAGAACCAGAUUGGGUCUUGAUGAUGUUGUAAUGGUGUAAGUGUGCUGGAGGUUUAAAGUUCUCCAAUUAUUAGAACUUCAAACAAAUAUUCAAGUCUGAAUAAAAUGAUUUCUUUGUUUUUAAAUUUUGGGUCAUGAUGUCAAUCUGGGCUUACGAUAUUUGUGAAUUGAAUUUUAAUUGAUAGUGGUACAAUAAAUAUACAUAUCCCUUUGCCUUUUUUGAACUGAUUAAUGUUUAAAACAUAAGAAUAAGUGACUUAUUUUGAAUAGGCAAGUUCCACAUCUACCAAGAAAACAGUAUGUUGGACGUUUCAAGGAGAGCUUUUUACAGAAACGCCAAGAAGGAUUAUCAAGAUUUCUGAAUAGGUCUGUGUACAAAGUUACUACAAACCCAGUUGUAGUUUCAUAUUGAUUUUUAUUGCUUCCAGUUCCUUUAAUAUGAACUUGAUCUAUUCAAUACGAUUAAUUUUUUUACAGAUGGUAAUUUAGGAGUUUAUGUUUACAGGUAGAAGUUCCUUUCCUCUUGGUCACAUUUGUAACUGUGUUUUGGUGACAUUCAAUAAGUCUCAAAGUAUUAACAAGAAAAUUGUUGAAAUAUUGUCUUCUAACAUAUUUUUUUCUGAACAAUUUUUUUCUCAACAGGCUUGCAAGCAUUAAUUCUUUUGUGAACAAUUCAGCCAUGCUACUAUUUCUGCAGACAAGUCUCAGUAAACAUCAAAUGGACUACUACAUGAAAACACGAACUCCAGGAGGUAUCAGAUCACUUAUUCAUAGACUGCAUGAGAAAGAAUUGAAGAGGGACGACUCAGAAAGACGACCUAGAACAAAAACAUUCAGUGCAGAGUAUCCAUCUGCAGAAAAGUAAGGAAAAGAGGGGCUUUACCUCUCAAGAUUGUAAACUUUUGAGAGACAGGGUGACUUAAUAGUUUGGAUGUCAGUCUUUUUAUCAGGAGUUGUGGGAUUUAGCUGUGUUUAAGAUCCUUUGUGUUUCUUGGUUAACCCUUUAACUCCCAUGAGUGACCAAGACAGAAUUUCUCCUUACAAUAUCAAAACAAUGUUAGCAGACAAGUUAUGAGAAUCAAGAAAAAUAUCAGUGAGGGGAUUCGAAGAUGAUCCAAUUCUAAAUCCUCCAAACUAACAUCACAAGAACUGUAUGGGAGAUAGUAAGGAGAAUUACUAAUAAGAUCUUGGGAGUUAAAGGGUUAAAACAAUUAACUCUCAUAGUACCUCUCUCCAUGCAGAAGUCUAAAUGGGAUCUGCAAACUAUCAGGGAAAUCUGAUAAAAUGCAGAGUGUCACUUGUUAUUAAAAACCAUCCCAUCCAGGAGAAACUUGGUACUUUUUAUGUUUUGGAGUAGAACCAAAGGCUCUCAUCCACUUAAUAACCUUAAGUCACAUUAACAACUUCUACUCAUCAAGAAUAGGAAGCCAUUAGUGCCAGUGAUCCUCCUACAUUUCCAUUUAUUGUGCACUGUGUGUGUGUGUGCGUGUGUGUGUGUGUGUGUGUGUGUGUAAAUACACACUCCCUCAGCAUAGUGUAUCUCCCCAAAGCAGUCUCUCUUUAUGAUUGAUGUAUGUCAGUGGAAAAGUGAGUUAUGUUUUUCUUUAAUUUUUAAGGACCCAAACCCUGAAAUACAAAUCCUAUGGUAAGGAAUGGUCAAGUUUUCACAGUGAUAACCUGUUUGGGUUUAAUACUGCUGUUGAAGAUGCUAUUGAUGUUCCAGGUGAGCUUCAAAAAUGCUAGCAGUGACAUCUCAUUUAUUCUGUAACGGCAAUUUUUUUACUAAUUAAAAACUCCAAUGCACUAAUGUGUUAUUUUCUGUUUGGCUCAGAUUUGUCUUUUUAGCAACACCUUUUACUGUAUGAUAACACUAAUAGUAAUACUGAUAAUUAUAGUUUUUAUCGCAACAGUGAUGUUACUAAUGAUAAUAAUGAUAUCAAUAUUUGUAUAUUAUGCAGUAGAGUAUCAUUACACCAAAUUUAACAUCUAACUUAGAAAACGUGUUCACAUGACAUCCAGGUGGGUAUAUUGUACAUAGCCACUAACUACAUGAGUGAAAAUGUUGCAUAUUUUUCAGUGGACAAUCAACAUUACACAAAACUAGAAACUGUAUCAGGAGCAAAAAAAAAUCGAACCAUUAAGCUGCUGUUUACUCCUUAGUAACUUUUGCUUCAAAGGUUCAGUACCAUAUAAUCAUUUCCAGAAUAUACUUGCCACAAGAAUUUCAAGUUAAAAUAUUUUGAAAAAUGACAUUAAUUUUUGUUUGGUUAUUAUUUUAUUUAGAGAACAGUUAUUAUAUUUAUUUACUGUCAUGUAUGAUGUAAUUCAAAAGUUAAAUUUUUUUUCACUUGUCUGAAAGUAACAAUCAAUCAAUUUCCCUUUGAAGCCAAUAGAGACAUGAAGAAAUGUCGCAGUAUCAGCUGCUGUGCAUAUCCUGGUGGCCAACUGACCCUUCCCACAAUUCCUGGUAGCAGUGAGGAUGGGUUAGACAGUGCAGAAAGUGCAUCGUUUACAGAACCAGAUGGACAAACUGAAGAACAUCCACUGAGUCGCAGCUGGCAUGGAACACCAAGGGAUGAAAUUGACUUUGUACUGGAGGAUUAUGAAAUAAUUCCAUUGGAAUCUAUAACAAAAAUGGCAGGAAAUGAUGAUGGUGACAGCUUAAGUGAGUUUUAUGACCUGGACUUGGACUACGUGGAUGUUGUAAAACCUGGUUUAGAAUAUGGGAGAGAACGUCGCUUUGAUUAUUAACAUCUGCCAUGUAUUCACUAAGUAAUUAAUAAUAAUCAAUAAUGUUGGGUGAGGUUAAGUCAGUGAGGGUUGAAGUUAAAAAACAGACUUGGAUUAGAUACUGUGUGAACAGAGCACAACUGGUUGAGAAAGAGGAAGAGUUCAGGGUCAUCUUUUUUCCCUGAUCUUGAUUUUAACAAUAGUAAUAAUAAUUGUUAAUAAAACUGUAAAUAAUCAAUGUAUUAAUUACAUAUAGUCAGUUGCUUAUGGGACUUGUCUGGAAUAUUCUGAUAUAGAGACUCCAUUGGUUGCUUAUGAAGAAAGAAUAAUGAAAUAACAUAUUACAACACAGCUAUAAGGAUGAUGAUUAUGCUAUAAUACAGUCCAUGUACAGUGUACAGACUUUGGUUUAUAUGGAAUAACAUGCCAACUUAACAGUAUUAGUCAAAAAGAGUUAGCACGGUUAUGAAAAAGACUAUUUUCCCAGUCAAAUAUAAAGGCUUUAAUUGAUGAUAACAGUGAAGUCAGUAUUUGGUUAUACAAUUACUAGUUUCUCAACCAAUAUGUCACUAACUCUCUGUAGGCUUCACAAACACUUUCUUCCAAUCUAGUGUUCUGAAAGAAAUCAUAAACGCCUUUUGAAGCUUCUAAACUAUGUGAUCACCUUUGAUAAGAGCUUCUGGGCUAGUUUUCAAAAUUGUGGAGGAAAGCACGAUCUGUACAAGGCUUAUUUGUCAACAAGAGACUGAUACUUGUAACUCAUUCAAACUUAUGAACAAACUGAUAGGAAUAAGCUGCUCCCAAGUGCCUUUGUCUUGUCAGUAAAAGGACUAGAGUGCAACUGUGUUCAGGCUUAUGAAUCAGGCUAUACAGUUUUGGUAAUACAAAAUCUAGUUUGAUAAACAGGUCUGCAUUUUACAGGAAUUUAAGCAUAAGUCAAUUGGUUGGGAAUUGUUUGGGAAUUAGAUUCCAUAAUUGCGGUUUUAAACUUUUGCUUUCUAAAUACCAUUAAAUUAAUUGACAGUUGUAUAGUUAAGCUGGGGAUAAUGGUAUCUAGGUGUCCUUGUGCAAUUGU